UGAAACAUGGUAUUGUUUCAUCCAAAGCCGUGGUGCACGGGGUUGUGUACAGUACUGUAUAAGCAGAUAAAGGCAGUAGAGCCUGACGACCGGAGAGGACCCCGCUAACAGGCUGCUUCUCUGUUCUUCAUCAACGUCCACGCUUUUGUCUGAUAACUGAUUGUUUGUGUUUUCCCACAAUCAGAUGACCAAAGUGGCGAUGCUUCAUCAGCAAUCGGGGCUUCCUUCCCCUGUUCCGCUUUUUCGCAAGUUUCCGUCUUGUUUGGUUCAUUCUCUUCUCAAAUUUGGUUUGGGUGAUGCUGACUAUCCUACUCUUAAGUCUGCCUUAUUUGCUUCCGCUUCUUCAGCCAGUGGCUCAGGUGCCGAAUAUUCCGAGCAAUUGUUGGAUAUUAGAACAACGAAGAAAAGGAAAGGGAUAGCUGGCAUAGAUCAGGAUGAAUUAGUGGAUCCCAAGAUUUUAGCUGAUCCAGACAGUUGUUUUUGUGAGUUCAAAGGGGUACACAUACACCAUAAGAUAUAUGAUGGGGAAUCGCAAGCACAUAGCAUGUUCAACAAUCAGACUCUUUCUCAGUUCCCUCAUAAAACUAGGCAGCUAGGUCUUCCUAUGAUUCUGUUACAUGGCUUUGGAGCAUCGGUUUUCUCAUGGAAAAAGGUUAUGAAGCAUUUGGCUGGGCUUUCUGGUUCAAAAGUUCUUGCUUUUGACAGGCCAGCCUUUGGAUUGACAUCACGAGUGAAUUUUUCUUCAGGAACUGAUGUCUCAAAAUCCUUAAAUCCAUACUCGAUGCUGUUUUCAGUGCUUGCUACCUUGUUCUUCAUUGAUCUAUUAAAUGCCGACAAGGUGAUCCUGGUGGGGCACUCAGCUGGAUCACUUGUAGCAGUUAAUACAUAUUUUGAAGCUCCUGAACGUGUUGCUGCUCUAAUUCUUAUUGCCCCAGCAAUUUUAGCCCCAUUCAGUGCACCUAAAAUUGUUGAGAAAAAUCAAGUGAGGAAAGAUAAUGAAAUGAAAGAAAACAAUGAUUCUCCUAUCAGAGCAAACCCAAUUUCUGGGCUUUACAAGCUUUUGUCCAUGAUUACCAAAUACAUUUCAGAAGCAAUAACCAAGAUGAUGAAGGGGAUGAUAAAUAUGCUCAACUCUCUGUAUAGGAAAUUUUUAUCAGCUGUCCUGCGUACUGCCCUUGCCACAAUGCUGGUGAGGAUGGUUAUUGAUAAGUUUGGUAUUGCUGCUGUUCGAAAUGCAUGGUAUGAUCCAAAUCAGGUCAAUGAACAUGUCAUUGACGGUUAUACAAAGCCAUUGAGGACUAAAGAUUGGGAUAGGGCACUUGUUGAAUUCACUGCAGCAAUGCUUCUGGAUGAGGAAUCUAAAACAAAGCCCCCACUGACUCAAAAACUGCAUGAGAUAUCCUGUCCUGUUCUGAUUGUCACUGGUGAUAGUGACCGGCUAGUUCCUUCAUGGAAUGCUAAGAGACUUGCAGGAGUCAUUCCAGGAUCAUCCCUUGAAGUAAUUAAGCAAUGUGGCCAUCUGCCCCAUGAAGAAAAAGUUGAGGAGUUCAUUUCUGCUGUGGAGAAGUUCCUGCGAAGAUUAGUUGAUACUUAUUCAAAUGAGCAUAAUCUGCAACCUGUAAAAUGAAAUUCCUACUGCUCAAGCGUCCCAUUUUACUUCAUUGAAGAUCUCUAGAAGGCUGAACGAUAAGGCAGAUUAAUUAUGCCCCUGGAUCGCAGUAAACUCAUAGAAUUCAUAUGUGAUGAUAGCCGCUCAUAUUUAAUCCAGCAAUCAUGAUGAUCUCUGUACAGCUAUUGAGAAGUUUGAGUUGUGGAAAGUAGUGUAUAAGCAAAAAAAUAAAAAAAAGGUUGUAAUUUUCACCCUAUUUUAUCAUUUUGUAAGUACUGGGGAAAAAGUACCCUAUGAUUUCUGCAGCUUGUUAGUCUGCAACAAGAUUUGUGCAAAUCAUUGAAUCUACUCGAUCUCUGAUGCAACACAGAUUGUGUUCA